AUGCCGACCUGGAGCCAGUGGUUUAAUUCGAAAGCGAGCCCCGAGUCUGCGGAGCCCGCUGGGACCCAUCGUAAUAAGAAGUCGGGCUGUAACCACACAUCGCCUACGAAUAACGAUUCGCCUUCCCCUCUCAACCACUCGUCGUCGCGUUCGCAGUCGCCAACAUCCGAGCCGGCAACACCUCGCUCAACUGUCUUCGCCCACCAACCCAGCUUUCCGAAGCCAGCUCGCUCGCAACAACCGACUCCCUUUGCUACUACAAACCCAACCCUGAAACCCUCGGAAAGCGCUGCAUCACCCGUCAUUGCCGGCGCCGACGACAAUCUCCAUCAUUUACGUGCCGCCGGUCGCACCCCCAACAGCGCCACCACAGCUUAUCCCGAAAUCGGACCAGGUAUUGACAUCGACCUCGACGGCAUCGACAUCGACGACAUUGACGACAUUGAAGCCGUCGACAUGACGUCCGGCCUCGACUUUGGCUCGGCCACUGGCCGCAGUCGCCAGGAUUCCUUUGUCAGCGCUGGCGCGAAGCCCAUCUCCAUGGCGAACCCAAACCGCGAUCAUGCGAACCGCGCUCGGCGCGAAAGCCUAGCGGGGAGCCUGAUGGGGGGGAUGAGCUGGGGAGGAAUCUCCGUCGGUAGUUUCAUCCGGGAGGAUAUGAUGAUGACGGGGACCUCUCCGUACAUCAAUAACCAGUCUACGUCGUUCCACUCAUCCUCGUACAUCCCGAGGUUGGAGGCUAGUUUCAUGCGCGACUUCACAUGCUGCGAACAGAGGUGGCCAACGCUCCACGACCUCCUACAGCAUUAUGAAGAACACCACCAUCCAACGACGACCCCUGCCGCCUCCAGGGACGCUUUCGGCGCGAACCAACCGAACUCCCGCGGCCCCGCCAGUCGCGCUGGGUCGGUCACCCCGUCCGUAGGCAGGGCACAGCAGGCUUCGCAGUCGCUACAUGGGUUUCCACAGCAGCGCCAGGUUGGCCCCGGCAUGGGUGUCGGCGGAAUCGGGCAGAUGAUGCGACAACAGCAGCACCAAGCAACGCCCUCCUCCCAAAAGGUCAACAUGUCCCACAUGAACGAUGAAAUGGAUGCGGUCGGCGACAUGGAAAUGGACGAGACUGUCGGGCCGAUGGACAUGGACGACAACACACGCACCAUCCAAGCGACCCGCGAGCUCUUUGGGCAGCAGCAGAGACCGCAGCUGCAUCUGAACAGCUCGGGUCUUCCCCACCAAGCGCUCCGCACCUCCCAGCCCCCGACGCCGGCCGCUGUUAGCUUCGGGUUCCAGAACAACCCGACUGUUUCCUCGGUCAACACGCCCACCUUGGCAACGCAACAAGGCAUCCCGCAACGAGGCCAGCAGUUUGGGCAGGAUGCGAAUGGCGACGAGGACGACGAGCUUGUCGGCAUGCCGAUGAAGAUGAAUCUCGGUAACAUGAACCUUGGCGGCUCGCAACUUGGGGGGUUAGCAUUUGGCGCCUUGGGCACCAUUGACGAUCCCGCCAAGCGCUUGUAUAGCCCCGGGGGCACGACCCAGAUGACGAGCCAACAGCGGGCCAUCGAUCAGCAACUGCAGCUACAACAACAGCUGCAGCAGCACCUCCAGGCCAUGAAUCUCGACUUGAGCCAGUUUCCAGCCGGUACCGACCCGGCGCUUGUCCUGCAGCAGAUGACGUCCCUGAUGAUGCCACCCGCCGAAGAGCACAAGCCUUUCAGGUGCCCUGUUAUUGGCUGCGAGAAGGCGUACAAGAACCAGAAUGGGCUAAAGUACCACAAGACCCACGGGCACUCAACUCAGCAGCUGCACGAAAACGGUGAUGGCACCUUCUCCAUCGUCAACCCAGAAACAAGCACGCCCUACCCCGGGACGCUGGGGAUGGAAAAGGAGAAGCCUUUCAAGUGCGAAGUUUGCGGGAAACGGUACAAGAACCUCAACGGACUUAAAUACCACAAGCAACAUUCACCCAUGUGCGAUCCCGACAUCCGAGCCCAUCACCAGACAAUACUAUCAUCGAUGAUGCAAAACCCCGCUGGUUUCAUCGCGCUUCAGCAAAAUCUUCCCAACAUCAACGAGGACACAAUGCUCUAA